AUGAGCAACAGUGAGCUCAAAAUGUACCAGGGGUACAUUGAGUAUAAAAGUAAGGAACAAAAUGGUCAGCAGAAGACAAAAAGGAAAAGGUCCAGAUCUGCUGAUGUUCCAGUGAAAGAUGGUUUGGCUAUAAUUUCGGAUGGUAUAGAGAAGAUUAGAGGUACUGUUCAUUUAUGGACUCUUUCUGCAAAAAGGAAGGAAAAUUUUGAAGAAGGUGCUCAUCAAUUACAAACUCCAUGCAUUAAAAAACUAUGUCUUGAUUAUGUUACAAGAUGGAAUUCAACCUUUGUGAAGCUCAAAACUGCUUUGGAAUACAAGGAUGUUUUUCCUCGUCUAAAACAACUUGAACCACUAUACACUUAUCUUCCUUCAGAUACUUAUUGGAAUUUUGCAAAAGAAAUGUGUGAUAGAUUAGAACCAUUUUACUUAAUGUCUGAAUUGUUUUCUGGGUCAAGUUAUCCAACCUCCAAUGUCUUUUUUGAAGAAGUUUGUGAAAUUAGGUUGGAACUUUCUAAGUGGCUUAACUCUGAUGUUGAGGAGUUUUAUAUUUCAAAUUCAAGAACAAUAGAAGAACUUCAACGUUCUACAUCUACAAUUAGUACUUCUUCAACUUCAAGGCGAAAUGGAAGUAAUAGUUCAACUGAUCUUGUUAAUAGGAAAGAUCGAUAUCUCAAGUUUGAAGAGUUGGUUAAUAAUGUUGAAAAUGAUGUUGAUAAUGUCAAAUCAGAGUUGGAUUAUUAUUUGGAUGAGUCUCUUCUACCGCGGUCGGAUGACUUUAACAUUUUUCAACGGCGGAAGUUGAAUGACUUCAAGGCAAGAUGGAAGUAA